AUGGAAUAUAAACCUCUGUCACGGGGCAUUCAGCCCCGCCUGAUCAUCCAUGGUGGUGCCGGCAACAUCAAUCCCGACACGAUGACACGAGAGAGGUAUACACAGUAUCGUGAGGCAUUAUUGACGAUUGUUUCCAAGACAAACGCCUACAUGAGCACCUUUUCGUCAGCUAAAGCAUCUCGUUCCACCCAAUCUGGACAUCCCACUGCACUUGACAUUGCAACUUACGCGGUCGUCUUGCUAGAGAACAAUCCGCUAUUCAACUCUGGUCAUGGAGCGGUAUUCACCCGAGACGGCAUCAACGAGCUGGAGGCAUCAGUCAUGGUUUCGCGCGGGUUCGCUAAACGCGGUGUAGGCGUGACGGGUCUGCAGCGAGUGAAGAACCCUAUCCUACUCGCACGUAAGAUGCUGGUGUUCGGCGAGGGAGAUCUCAGAGGCAAGACCGAUCUGGGCUGGGCGGCAGAGAGCGAACAAGGCCAGGACCUGGACAUUCCUUCCGCUCAAGGACAUACCCUAAUUCAUGGGCGAAGCGCCGAGAUCCUUGCGAAGAAAUAUGGGCUAGAACUGGUCGGCCAGAACUACUUCUACACGCAGACGCGAUGGGACGAGCAUGUGCGAGCUCUUGAGCGGGAAAAGAAGAGCCGCCGUACGCAAUCUGAUGUGUAUACGACGGCAACAUGGAGUCCUGACGAGUAUCUUCCGCAGGGCACUUGCGGCGCGGUAGCCCUGGAUUCUGAGGGAGUCGUGUGCGCUGCAACGAGUACAGGAGGCAUGACAAACAAGUUGACAGGGCGCAUUGGAGACACGCCAUCGAUUGGUGCUGGAUUCUGGGCUGAGGAAUGGGACGAAGCCGGUGAUCCAACUGCCACAAAGCAGUCUAGCCAAGGCGGCCAAAUCGCUUCAUGGAGAGAUUAUCUGGCCAAACAGAGCACUUUUGUGGAGCUGAGCGCCAACCUCAGAGGCUUACUCGCGCAGUGUCUACCGAGUCCUUUCACUUAUCAACCUCUGAUUCAGGAUCGCAAGGUCGUGACUACGAGAUCUGCGGCGCUAUCGGGUACAGGAAAUGGCGACUCGUUUCUUCGUGUUGCGGCGGUAAGAACUGUCACUGGGAUCGCUCGAUGGACUGGUGUAUCGGCUACGGAAGCGUUGAGACGCGUUGCAGGUCGGGGGGGCGAGCUACAGAAGAGCGCAGGCGACCGCUGGGGGAGGACGGGAGAGGGUGAAGGCGGCAUGAUCGGGAUCGAGGGCGUCAUCGUAAAAGACGCUGUGACCGGAGAGAUUGUGGAAAUAAGGGGCGAGAUAUUGCAGGACUUCAAUUGUGGUGGUAUGUUUAGGUCUUGGAUCGACGAUGAUGGACUGCCCAGGUUCAGGAUCUUCGACGGAAUCAAGGAUGACCGUAUUAUCAGGGCUAGACAUGUCAGCGUAGACGGGGAACUGUACCAAGGGCGUGUCUGA